AUGUGGGGUUUUCAGAGCAUUAGAGAUAGUGUACAAAACCAUGCUACUGGACUGUUUCGCAAUAUAUCUGAUCGAGUAGAUGACGAUGCCACACAGAACAAUAUGAGGGUGACACAAAGAGAUGCAAUGAAAAACGUUGUCACCCCUAAAAGUAUCCCACAGUUUACAUUACCUCCGCUGUUCAAUCAUGAUAGCAUAUUACCACCGGCUCCAGAAAUAAACCAUUUACAAAUGGAGUCUUCAAAGCGACGAACGAGAGCAGGUGUUAAAAAUGGCGUCUCAAAAUGUCCGGACACACAACAAUGUCAAAAUAAAAUGGAUACUUUGAAAGUUUCACAAUGGGACCAUGAGAUAAUGGACGACAUGGAGGUCGGUGACAAAGAUUCAUCAAUAAGGCAUCGGAAGCCAUUAGGUUCGGCGUCUUCAUUUUCUAUUAAAGCACUUAUGCAAAAGAAGUGGGCUGAUUCUAAAAAUGGGUCGACCACUAGCUCUACAACAUCAUCAUGGAAAGCACCGGGACCAGAAUAUACAAGUAAAUCUGGCAACAAAUGCGGGAGAGAAUUGACGGUUGAACAACCAGGACUUGGUCUUCAGCACCUUGUAGCCACAAAAUCCGGGUUUUCAACGUUAUCCGAAAGUCCAAAUACAAGAAGAAAAGAAUCUUUAUUUUUAUCGGAAGACACAUUUAGAAAGUGUAAUGAUUCGUACUCAAACAUACAUAGCAGAAGUCGAUCUCCUGGAAGCGACGGAAAUAAUUCUUCGACCCGUUCGAGUCCUCAUGAAUCACCAAUACCAUCUCCACGCAAGAUCAGUUCAUCGAAGUCUGAACGCCGUCUUAAAUACAGAAAAAAUUUGGAGGUGGAAAGCCAGUGUCAACGUCGAUUAUCAUUUCAUGGUGAUACGAACAAUCAUCUUUUGUCUUCUUCAGAUAACGAUGAGCGUUCCUUGUCCAUAGAUUCUGACAAAAAGAAACUCAGUGUUUCAGAGCAUAACGUCAGCAACAAAAGUGUUAAAAGCUCCCACUCGCCUGCUUCUCCUUCUAUUCGUCUCUGUAUAACUUACCUCGUGCAGCACAGGAGACUGAACGUUUCUAUUUUAGAAGGGAAAAAUUUUACACCGAAACAUUCGAUCUAUCUGAAGGUUUCUCUCUUGCCACGUCAUGAUCGAGGACACCGAACUGAACCAAUAAAAAUUGAUGACGCGAAUCCGAGUAUCAGAGAAAGAUUAACAUUUGAAUCCGUAGAAGAAGAUGACAUUCCGCAUAUGUCCUUGAAGAUAUGCUGCAAGGAGAAAUCAAGCCGACUCCGACACGCUGAAAUUGUGGGAGAGUGCAUACUAGCAUUGUGUGAAAUCGAUUUUAAAACUCCCACUGACAUAUGGAUCAACUUCAAUUCUUAUGAAGAAGAGGAAGCUCCUCACAUCCAGCUAUCGCUUUGUUAUGACGCAAUGCUAGGAUGUCUUACUGUGGAUGUUGUUGCCGCAAGAAAUGUUCCGAAGGGAAGUUUAGGAAGACAACCAGAUUGCUUUGUGACAUUGACUGAGAUUCUACCAAACGUGAAAAUAGCGAAAAAGCAGACAAAGAUAGUUCAUAGAACGCAAGACCCAGUAUUUCACGAAUCAUUUUUGUUCUCAUUGUGCACGGACGCACAAACGCCAGACGAACUUGUUAUCGUCGCAACGUUAUAUUUGAAAGAUCGCGUCAGGGGAACCACCGAACCAGUCGGAGAAGCACUUCUUGGCCAACUGGUCGAUAACUGGUCUGGGCGAUCACAGUGGGCUCAGGCACUGGCAAAAGAAGGCGAAGCAACAACACAUUGGCAUGCGCUGGUUCCACAGAGUGCUUAAAUCGACAAAAACAAGACUUUGCUUUUGAUGUAUUUGACUAUGUAGGAAAUUCUUUCGGUAUCGCGUACUUUGAGACUAAACAAAGGGAUCUGCUUAGUAAUUUAUUUCACCGUACUGGAGUCAGGUACAAUGCGUUUGUGGUAAAGUUAAUUUGAAGCAAGUUCACAACUAUGCUAUGACCACACAAUAUUCUUUCAUGACUAAUGUUCUUCAAAAAAAAAAA